AUGCUUAGGGGAGCUUUUGUACAAGAUCGCCUACUCCACAGCUUUUUCGAUUCCAGAUGGAGCAUCAAAGCUGUGGCUACCACUAUACUGUUGAUGUCGAGCGUCCGUGUCUGUUAUGGAGGAGUCCUCAUACCAAAGGAGCUCAGAGACGGUAUUGUACUCACAAACGGUGCCUUGCCACGAGACGUUGGGCCCUACCUCCAAGUUCAUUCUUUCGAGGAGCCGUCGCCAAUACCCUUUGGUGGGAACAGUGGACUCCAGGAGGAAACACUGGUAUCGAUGGAGCUCGCGCAGACGGACAGUGCGCUUCCCACAUCACCAGAGCAAGUUCUGUCUCUGGGAGCACCACUGCCUAACCGCAUAUCAGCCGUGCCUCCGGCGCUGUGGCAGGUUGAGCCACCAAGUGGCCCCAUCCGGCACGAAAGCCUCCAUGCUAUUCAAGUCCCUCCCCGUGACGGGCAGAGCGUCUUCUCAGAUGCGCGGAACGACCCGUUCGCAUCUCAUCAACGAGCGAAUCUUCUGCAGCCUCUGCUGCACAGAGUUGCAGGGGUACUUGGAAGCGUUAUGAGUCCAGGUGUACCUGCUUCAGGCAAUAUAACACGAGGCGGUAUCGAUCAGACUAUAUCGUCGUUUUCCGGCGUGGUCUCGUCCACCGGUCUUUCCACAGAAAUGGAAGAGACCCCGCCUUCCAAUCGUAGUCCCCACGCGGUUGUACCAUCGACACAUACGCUUGUGUCGACCAUUAUGAGCAAGCUGCCGCCUCGAUUUCGACCUAUAAUGGGGCCAAAUCAGCCUGCUGUCCAAAUGCAGAACGAGACGUCGGUCUUGAAUGACCUUUUGUUGACAGCUACUCAACUAGUACCUUUCCCAGACUACCAUGAUCCUGCCAUGGAGCAGCCCUCGGCAGUUCCGGGACAGUCGCGGUUGCACCUAGUUAAGGCGGUUGCAGGUGUGCUGUCUUCGGGAAUGCCUGCGAAAAUCAUUGACCAGGCUCUCGCUUUUGUGGGGGGCCGCAACUGGAUUGACAAAGGCCACCAGGAGUCCGCGACAGACUACAGCGUGGCGCAUGUUCCGACCCUUGGUGGUAUUCCGGCUCAGGUACUCGCGAGUAUCCGAAGUAAUCUACUGAGUCGGAUUUAUCUCUUCAACGGGAGCGCGUAUGCAGCACGGACUGAAACGCCCCUUGAUUUCUCUCCUCUUCUGCAGUCGUCAUUUCAGGAGAAUCAGUGGCCUGGCCAGUUGCUGCAGUCUGCGAUCUUUUCAAAACCUCAGCACAUCCACCGCCUCAACAUCCCCUACGUUUCCCAAGAGACCUAUUCACCAUUGGUCCCCCCUUCACCCGAGGCUCCUGAGGUUUCUCUACCGCCGAACAUAAUGAGUGUGCACUCGCCUAAAAAUCUGCAAACUGAGAGAUACAUCAAUCCCUUACUGAUGCUGGUCUCUCAUUCGGGGCAGGAGCCGGUUUCCGUAGGAUCUCAGGGUCGCCCGCAGAUGGCCCGAGAAGCUGCAGUGGCAUCAUCGUAUGUCAUGUCAGACAGCCAUCCUGUUCAUCUGCAGAGGGCCCCAGAACCUCUUAUGGAGGGCGGUAAUUACUCUCGAGGGGAUAAAGUUCAGAAACUCGCGAGGAGUCAAACUCAUGACGACGCGCUCACAGUAGCAGUCCCGAGACCUGAACGGCCCCCAGAGUCCGCGGACGUAACUUCCCCUGAGCCCAAAAUAAGCGUGGUGGACGAAAGGGCGACUGGACACAGAACCUCGGCGGUCUUCAGGGUAACCGACCAAACUCACGACGAGCCGGGAGAAGGACAUAGCCUGAAGAUUGACGAUGUGAGUGGCUAUCAGCCCUUCGGAAAACCGUUGAGCGGUAAACCUAGUGACGCCGUGCAAGACGACGACGGGUUCCCAGAUGCUGCAAGUUACAUGAACCACCAAGCAGUAACUGGCGAGCAAUUGCCUGACGAAGACGACCUCGGGGACAGCAAAGUUCUCUAUAGGGAUGGGGCCGCUGGAAACGCACAGGGCGGGGAGCACCACGAAGGGGGCGGCGACGGAAAAGACCUCGACACCCGUAGCGGCGAUACAUCGCAAGAAGGUGCGGGCAAUGCAGAGCUCAACAGCCUCCAGAUAUCUGACCUCAGAGUUCGAGCGAUGCUGGGUGAUGGUGAAGAGGAUGAUGAAGAGGGAUGGGAUGACGGAACAUCUGAUGACGGCUUCCCCGCGAAUCCUUUCGACGUUGGGAUCCAUCCGCCUGCCGAGGACCUGGAGGGACCGCACGCAGGUGACGAGAGAGAAAGUGAUGAAGAUUACCUAUUCCCAACAAUAACGCAGUUGAUAUUUAAGUUUUUCCCUCUUCCCGAAUGGCUCACCCUCCGCCCCGACCAGGUGCCAGCUUUCGAUUGGAAACGUGUUUUCAAGGACUAUUUCCCCGAGGCUGAUAAACUCGGCCGGGCCAUCAACAUGGCUGACGACGUUAUCUACAAUGAAUAUUGUAAUCGCACUGUGCUUGAGGUUGAACCGUCAUCUGGUGCAUCUUUUGAGUUCAAAGGGGAUAUCUUUUUUGACGAAGACCUGGUCGACGGUUAUCCUGUGCCAGACCUCGGCGAUGCUGGAGAGCUGCCGAUAGUGCCGGUGGAAAUAGAGGACGAAUUUGACAGGUGUGUAAGCUUCUAUAAAAAUCGCACCCGCGACUACAUUGAGGAAUAUAAGCAGAAAUGCGAUGACGUGUGGGAUGACCCGAAUUCUCCUGACGGCAACCGCCUCCGGCCCUUGACGAUUGACGAUGUGACCACGUGUUUCCUCAAGAAGUACGACGUGGGGCGGCGGUGGUUCAACGAGCUAUUCUUCCAGCCUUGGUUUCACCUUGUGAAUCAAACCUCUUAUCUGGCUCAGGCUGUCGAUACUGCAAUGUCCGAAUUCGCGUACAGCGGUUGGCUCUUUCCCGCAGCUUACGCGGCAGCAAAUUUUGGACUCUGGCGCGCUUGCAUCGAGAGGAAAAAUUGUUUCGAAGGAGAAGACUGCGUCCCAGCGCUGCCAGCUAUAUACGGAUUUGUUCUGAAUUUUUGCCAACGCACGGCGGAUUCGAUGACCCGAGACCCCAUCACUGGAGUCCCGUUGGAGGAAAGCUUUGCGAACGUGCGUGUGGAUCGCCUGCCACUUGUUUCGAAGCCGUUUUAA